UCCGUUUCUUUUUUCGGUAAUUGCUUCACUUCACAGACUGCACAUGGUGAUUCAUCUUUUCACCAAUUUCUGAUGCAAUCCCUGUGAUUUAUUAAAAAAAAUGCUAUGAUAACGUAGAGUGAACGAGCUUCAGGAAGAUUCUGUCAUGUGCAGCUUGUAUUGAAUGUACGUUCGUAUUCUGCGUUGCUUCACAAGUUCACAGAUUUUUGUGUUAUCAAAGCACAUUCAAAGUUUGCCUGUAAACCGCGUGGACUUACUUCCUCGAAGGCUUUUUUCCUGCUCUUCCAAAAUGGCAGACUCCGCGGAGGGCGAAGGAAAGAUCAGCAAAAAUGAACUUAAAAGGCGAAUGAAGAAAGAAAAAAAGGACAAAGAAAAGGAGGAAAAGAUUGCUCAGCAAAAAGCAAAUGAAGCUCAUUUGAAGGAGAAAAAAGGCAACGAACUUGACGAAACACUGGAUCCAAAUAAAUAUUUUGAAAUCCGAAGUAAUGCGGUCGCAAAACUAAAGCAAAGUGCUUCAAAGCCUUAUCCACACAAGUUUCAUGUUUCGAUCUCUUUGGAAGAGUUCAUUAAGAAUUAUGAUAGUUGUGAGAAAGGAUCAUGGCUAGAGGAAAUUGUUUCAGUUGCUGGUCGUGUUCAUGCUAAACGAUUGCAGGGACCAAAAUUGAUUUUCUAUGAUCUUCGUGGUGAAGGAACCAAAUUACAAGUUAUGGCCGAUGCAAGGGUAUCUGAACAGGACUUUGCGGAUGUUCAUGGUAACAUUAGGAGGGGGGAUAUAAUUGGAGUUGAAGGGAAACCAGGAAAAACAAAGAAAGGAGAAUUAAGCAUUUUGCCUUCGUCUGUUACCUUACUAUCACCAUGUCUACAUAUGCUUCCUCAUCUACAUUAUGGAUUGAAAGAUAAGGAAACUCGAUUCAGACAAAGAUACCUCGACCUUAUUUUGAACGAACAUGUUCGCGAUAAAUUCAUCGUGAGGGCGAAGAUCAUCAAUUAUGUUAGGAAAUUUUUAGACGAAUUAGGAUUUCUGGAGAUCGAGACUCCAAUGAUGAACAUGAUCGCGGGAGGUGCAACUGCUAAACCCUUCAUCACUCGUCACAAUGAUCUAAAUAUGGAUCUAUACAUGAGAGUUGCUCCAGAGUUGUAUCAUAAGAUGUGUAUUGUUGGUGGAUUAGAUAGAGUCUACGAAAUCGGUCGACAAUUUAGAAAUGAAAGCAUCGACCUGACGCACAAUCCAGAGUUCACGACGUGUGAAUUUUACAUGGCUUACGCAGACUACAAGGAUCUUAUGGAACUCACGGAGAUGUUGUUGUCAGGUAUGGUCAAGUAUAUCACCGGUUCCUACAAGAUCACCUAUCAUCCUAAUCAAACCGACACGGAGAAGGGGGAAUCGUACGAAGUCGACUUCACGCCACCUUUUAAGAGAGUAUCAAUGAUAACCGAGCUGGAGAAGAUUUUGAAAGUUCAAUUGCCAUCGCCGGAAAAAUUUGGCACCGAAGAGACAAGAAAGUUAUUUGAUGAUCUUUGUGUGAAACAUGAGGUUGAAUGUCCAGCACCAAGAACGGUCGCUCGACUUUUGGACAAGCUUGUUGGGGAGUUCUUGGAAAGCCAAUGUAUUAGUCCAACAUUCAUCAUCGAUCAUCCUGUCAUUAUGAGUCCACUUUCAAAAUGGCAUCGGUCGACCGAAGGUUUGACAGAAAGAUUUGAAUUGUUUGUGUGCACCAAGGAGAUUUGUAAUGCUUACACGGAGUUAAAUGAUCCGGUCGUUCAACGAGAAAGGUUUCAACAGCAAGCUUCUGACAAAGCUGCAGGAGAUGACGAGGCGCAGAUGAUCGAUGAAAACUUUUGUACAGCUUUGGAAUAUGGCCUCCCGCCCACUGCCGGCUGGGGUUUGGGAAUUGAUCGACUUUGUAUGUUCCUUACUGACUCCAAUAAUAUCAAGGAGGUGUUGCUAUUUCCGGCUAUGAAACCCGACGACAAGAAAUCAAAAGAAGAUGACGCCGAAGUGAGCCAUUGAUGUAGUUAACGAGCACGUGAAACCUCUGCUCUUAACUAAAGAUUCUCGCAAGAAAUUUCAUCAUUUCAUGCCCAAGAAAGCGCAUCUACGAAAGGCCACUCAGUUUCACCAAAUGAAGAAUUUAAUUGUUGUAUUAUGAUUUUUAAUAAAGAAAAGUGAUGGACAAUA